AUGAACUUAGCAUCGCAAUGGGUUCUCUGGCAAAACAACAAUGAUGAGUCUAACGCCAAGAGUUGGGGAGAUGACCUCGUGGCUGUUGGAGAGGUGUCGACGAUCCCCGAGUUCCUUUAUCUGUGCGAUGAGAUAUCGAAUGCUGGGAUUGGGAAACUGUGCACAAUGAAUCUAUUUAAGAAAGGAGUCAAGCCUAUGUGGGAGGACGAGGCAAAUAUAGACGGGGGAAGAAUUAUAAUGGAUGUUCCUGUUGUGGGGAGAGACAACAUCGGAGAACUGUGGAAAAAAACAAUGGCGUUUUGCAUAUCAAAUGUUGUAGACAAUGUGUGUGGAUGUGUUCUUAGUGAGAAGCAAUCAUUCUACAAGCUGGCCAUUUGGUUCGGGAAGGACUACAACCAGGACACCAUAAAGGAAAUGUGGCAAGAAACUCUUGAGAGUGGGAGUUUAUCUGUCUACUCUUUCUUGCAUAAGAAAUCAUUGGACAGUAACAAGGGAAAGAAGAAAUGGGGAGGGAGAAGGUAG